GACAAAAGAUAGAAUAGGUCGGGCGGAAGAAAAUCAACGAGUGGAGAAUCACAACAUUAGCGUUUUUUAUUUGUCUUUCAACUUGAUCAAGCUCAUUUACCGAAUUAUGCAGGUAUUUGAUGCCUACCAUGUGACCGUUCACAUCAUGUAGUCAGAAGCUCAAGUACUACUCUAUCCGGAUAUCCUCCUUGUGGAUAGAGGCUUCUAAGAUCAUCAGCAUCUCAAAAGACAUUUCUUCAGCAUGGAUUACAAACAGGCAGUAGAGGCAGCCAUGGUGCAUGGUGUUGAAUACAACCAGCCUGGGAUGAAUGCCAGGGAGAAUGGGUACAUACUUCCAGCCGAUCAGCAGGGUGGUCCCCCAACCGCCCCUCUCGCUGCAGUGCCCAACAUCCACAACAAGAUGCCUUCCAUGCCCCAGGCUGCUUACCCGGAGCAGAGGGAACCAGAACCCAACCCUCACCAUCAGAGCACCAUUGACCCCCAUCAUCAGGCAGCCAUGGACCCUAACCAUCAGGCAGCCAUGGACCCUAACCAUCAAGGAACCAUUGACCCCAGCACCGCACCUGGGAUGGAGCAACCCAAUCCCAACUUGAACACCGGCAUGAACUCUAACCCCAAUGUUCCAAUGGAUUCAGACCCCAACCUGAACAGCAGCAUGGAGAGCGCAACGGAAGAGAAGCAUCUGCCAGAGGCGGGCAUGGAGGAAGGCAACAUGAUGGCACCGUACGACGGUGCGGAGGAGGACGAGAACGAUGCCCCGCACAAUCUCUUUGACACCAAGAGCUCCAACCCCAUCUUGGUGAGGGGUAGCUGGCAGUGGAUGUGUAACCAGUGUCCCAAGAGCUACACCAGUAAGAGUAACCUCAUCGCCCAUCUCUUGGAUCAUUGUGGGAUCAAGCCUCACAUGUGUCUGGCUUGUGGCAAGAGCUUCAAGCAGGUUGCGCACCUCAACACGCACAGAGUAAUUCAUACCGGCAGAAGGAAGCACAUUUGUCCCAUCUGUGGGCGGGGUUUCAAUCAGAGAGUCCACCUAAAGCGUCACAUGGUCACCCACAACAUCAAUGUAGCCUGCACUUGUGAGCUUUGUGGACGCAAGUUUGCUUUCCCUUCGGAGUUGCAGUUUCACCACAAGAAGGUGCACAGGAAGCGAGCUGGCCCUCCCAAGAAGAACAGUCGAAGUCCUUCCAAUGAUGGGGACAACCUACAACACUUCAAUGCCUCUGCAACCAUGCACCCGAUGAUGGCCUCUCAAGGUCAAAUGAUGGGGCCUGGUGGUGGUGUCAAAAGACAAGGCAGGUAUGCCAAUAUUCCACAGGGAACGCAGUACAUGCCAACUGGAAGGAGACGGACAAAAGCUAUGAAAGCACAGGCGGUCGCUCAAAUGCAUGCUGCUUAUGGUAAAAUGCCUGUAGGACCAGGACCAGGAAGGGGACCAUCCAAUGAUCACAUGCCUAUAUCCCCAGGAGACCACAUGCCUCAUGGAUCAAGUCACAUGUCACCAAGAAAUGAUCGUACCCCACCAAGACACCCCCAGAUGUCUCCUCGAAAUGAUAGGAUGUCUCCAAGAAGUGAUCCCAAUGUUCAAGGAGAUGAUCAAAUGUAUUCUAAAAAUGAUCGGACUCCACCAAGAGGUGAUCAUAUGCCACAGAGGCAGGAUAGUGUGUCUUCAAGGAGCAGUGCCAUGUCACCAGGAGGACAUGAUCACAUGAGACAGCCGUUUAGUCAUGGUGGAUCCCAGUCUCCUCGAGGAUCAGAAAAUGGACCACAUGACGACGGCCUUCUUCCUGCAGAGCUGUUCCAACCAGAGCUUGUUCAUCCAGAUGCAGGCAAAGCCGUCCUCCAGCCUGAUGCCAUGGAAACGUUACGAUUCCAUCCUGCGCGGAACCGCCCUGGAACCCAACGGUUCCGUAAUAGAGCACCUAACAACCAGCCCCAAAGAAAAUCUGUAAAGAAAAAAGGUGCACCACUUAAACCCGAACUGACUUGCACAGAAUGCGGCAGGCAGUUUGCGUUCCCAUUUGAGUUGCGAGAUCACCUAGCAAGGCACAGAGAUGUACGGCCCUAUGUCUGCACCGAAUGUGGACACCAGUUCUUCAAAGAGCACCAUCUGAAGCAACAUCAAUUGAUCCAUACUGGUCUGAAACCUUUCAGGUGUCACAUCUGCGAUCGGGCCUUUGCUCUCAAGGCCAAUAUGCUUCGCCACGCCAAACUCCAUGUCAACAACAGACAACACAAAUGCCAAGUUUGUGAUAAGUCUUUCUCGCAAAAGCAGACUCUUAGUAAUCACAUGGUUGUCCACAAGGAUGAGAAACCAUUCUCCUGCAACAUUUGCGGCAAGAAGUUCAGUCGCAAGGUGAAUCUUGACAGCCAUGUGUACCUCCAUUUUGGAAACAAGCCUUUCAAAUGUUCCAUCUGUGGUAGCAAGUACAACAACAAGGGAAAUCUCAAGAGACACGUCAAAAAUAAGCAUGGUCUGGAUGCUGACUUGCAGUCGGAUGGUGAGAAGGAGGAAAAUGAAAAUGGCGAGAAUGCUGAUGAGAGCCAGCAGGUCGAUGAUGAUGAAGGGAGGGUUGAUCUUGAUUCAAGUGGAGAGGUUCCUGGGGACGUUGAAGCAGAUGUGUCUCAAGUUCCAAGUGAAGGUGAUGGCAGUACUGAAGAGCAGGUACCCCCUGCCCCACAACCUAACUUUAGUGAAACCCCACAGCCUCUGGCAGCUGCAGCUGGACAGCAACCAUCUUAUGACUCUUCAAAUCAAGAAGACUAUGAAGAGGAGCCCGCACAACCUGUGAAACACCAACAAACUUAUGAACAACCUCCCCAACCGAGCUCUACUCAACAACAUUUUAAUGAUCACCCACGUCCAGUUAGUCAAUCAAGUUAUGAGGAGCCUGAACGCCCUUUGAGCCAAAGACAUUAUUCUGAAGCAGAUGAAGCUCCAGCUCCGGCUCCGGCUCAACAAGACUAUGUAAACCCUGAGCAUCCACGGAGACAGAGUUAUGGAGACCAAGAGCAAACCCGUACCCCAGAAAGCUACGGAAACAGCGAAUACAUUCGGCAACCAAGCUACCCGAGCCAUGAGCGUUUAGCGAUCCCUGAGGCGUACAGAACUCCAGAGCAUGCUCACCCUCAGCCCCCAUUCCCUGAUCACGACCAAGCCAUCAACCAUCGGAACUAUGUCGGUCGCGAACCUCCACGCCAGCCCCUGGUCUACACCGAUCACCAUCGUCCUACGAAUCUGGACAGCUAUGUGCCUCGCGACCCAGUGGGUCCAGUGGGUGGUCGUGACAGUUACCCGCCUUACCAUGCCCAAGCAGCCUAUCCAAGGCAUGGUUAUCAUCAUGUGGAGAGGUUCAAGAUUGAACAAGGGGAGGCCAUGGCACCACAGAACCCCAUGCAGCUUAUGCAUUCUAACAUGGGACUACCAAUGUGAAUCACUGUGUAAGUAGACCUUGUAGAAAACAGGGAGGGGGGGGGGGUGUUGAAUUUAAUAGCAAAACAAAUUGCCCCAUCAAGUGAGGUACAUGUACAUGUAUCAUGAAAACUAACAUUAAUCUUAAAUUGGAUUCUUCUACAAUAUAACUGAUAUCUUCCAUACAGUAGAUGACCUCAUGAAAAGAGAACAGAGAGCAAAUGUAUUAUAUCUGGGUUUCAGUUUUAAAAUUUGGGUGUCAACAUAUAAGAUAUUGCUCAUGGUAUGUCAUUCACAGAUUUGCUUACACUUUAUAUGGAAAGAAAAGUGAAUUUUGUAGGAACUUGGAAAUAAGAUGUCAUUGUUAGAAUGGAUGUUGUACAAUGCAUUCUGUAUUGCUGCACAUGUCUUGAACUUUAAUAGUGAUUAUUUAAUAUAAA